AUGGGAAGUUGCACUUCAAAAUCUAAAAAGAAGCGGGAGCACUUCACAAACACGCUGCAGGCACGUGGUGAAAUCUUGGGGGCAGAUUUGAGAGCAAUGUUUAACAACCCCGUUUAUAGCGACAUUAUCAUCACCUGUAAAGAUGGAGGAGUUGUGUACGGUAGCAAGUUGCUCUUGGCGGCUCGCUCUGAUGUAUUUGCCCGUAUCUUGCUAAACCCCGCCAAAGCCGAGUCAGAGAACGAAGGAUCAGAGUUGAUACCUGCGGACGUAAAUAUCAUUAACAUUUCAUUUCCGGAAUUUACAUCUUCAACCUUGUUAAUAGUUCUCGAAUAUUUAUAUAUGGGAAGCAUUACACAGGAAACUCUGUCACUCAACAAUGUAGUUGAGGCAUACCUGUGUUCCGAAUACUUCAUGAUUCCACAACUCGAAGAAAUUAUAAUCACAUUCUUGGACAAUGCACUCAGAUGUAGUGCUGACAACAAUCUCUCGGCAAGGCUACUAUCACAGGCGGCAGAAUGCAUGCUACCGUCAUCUGACGAUUCGUUUUUUAGAACAAUGUAUAAUUGCUUGGCAACAACAUCACUGGAAACCGUAGACUACGAGAAUUUGAACGAAGCAGCAUUAAGGUUCAUAUUAUCUCCGAUUUGCGGGGGUGAUGCCGACGAAGAAUUUGUCACGCCAGAAUACAGUGUAUUCAGAUAUACAGUGUUAUGGUCAGCACAUAAAAUUUCCUCUAGUUUAGUAUCCUAUUUUGAACCUUUGUUACCACCUGCCGACAUGGCGGAACGUCUUGACGCACAAAAAUUGAAUCAAUUACGUAGUUUACAUGAGAAACGUAAGAAAAAAUCGAAAAGUAUGGAAAUCCAAAAAUCCAUUGACCCAAUAUUAUCACCACUUUUGAGCUACGUGAAUUUUAACUUAAUUCAUCCUUCGAUCUUGAUAAAUAUUAUUGAACCACUGGACAUCAUCCUACCUGAAAUACUUGCGAAGGCAUUUAGAUGGCAAACACAAUUACCGCCUGGGAGUGGGCCUAAAAGAAGUAGAGGAAUAAUCACGGCGAAACACGAAAACCUAAAGUUGCAUUGGGAUCAAAAAGCUCAUGGUAAAAAGAUAGUGCUACUUGAGCACGGGACAAUCGUCAAAAGUCAGUCGAGAAAUUUUGGAUUUGCGAGAACUUCCUUGCCAAUCAGGGGAUACGAAGUUUACGAAUGGGAUUUUAUAAUCGAAGAGCCGUGUAAACACACGUGGAUUGGAGUGUGCAGUAUAAGGGACAAUAGGGUGAAUUAUUCAACAUGGCUGGGAGGAACAAGUUAUGGUUGGGUACUUGGAUCAAAUGGAUAUUUAGCUCAUAAUAAGGGAGGUGUAAUUAAUGAAAACUCAAGGCGAAAUCUGAAAAAUUACGGACUCAAAUUUACCAAAGGAACAAUAAUAACGAUGCAUCUGAAUAUGGAGAAUAGAACAUUGGCAUAUUCCAUUAAUGGAAUAAAUUUUGGCGAGGCAUUUGGCGAUUUGCCAAAUGAAGUUUAUCCGGCAGUCUCUAUAAAACGUCCCGGUAAGAUCAAGAUUCAAUCUCAUAAGAAAACAACAUCAAUGAUUUCGAUGGGUAAUUUUCAGGAGAAUAGCGAAUCAGAUCCUUUGUCCUCUAGUUUAUGA